CCUCUCUCUCUCUCUCUCUCUCAACCCCUUCCUCGGUUCCUCCCUUCAUAAAACACAGGCAGAUACAAAUAUAUUAAUAAAAUCGCUUUGGGUUAUGCAAACCCACGUUAAAGGACCUAUUUUUUAUGGAUUUAUUACACUCUCCUUGGUAAAGGGAAAAUGGGCUCUUGGUGCUAAUGUGGGCUUAAUCUUUUGCUAUUGAAAGCGAACAUUAGCUAUGGAGGCUUCUUCUAUGGAGGUGCUAUUUGAUCCAUCAAAGUGCAGCAAGUUAAGCAUAGAUCAAAAGAGAGAACUUGUUUAUGAACUCUCAAAUUGGUCAGAUGGGGCUAUCGAAAUUCUUCACACUUGGAGCCGUCAUGAUAUACUGCAGAUCCUCUGUUCCGAGCUCGGUAAAGAACGCAAGUACACGGGCUUAAACAAGACGAAAAUAAUCGAACAACUUCUCAAAAUCAUCAACGAAAAGAAACCACACGAUCAAGUGCUAAAGAAAUCCGAAGAACCCUCAGAAAACGAUGAGAGAACUUCCAAAAGGCUAAAGAAAUCCGAACAACCCUCUACUGAUGUGCGCCCGGAUAACAAUAACAAUAACAAUAACAUCAUUGUGUAUUGCAAAAAUUCAGCUUGCAGGGCUAAAAUGAGCCGUGAGGACCCCUUUUGCAAGAGGUGUUCUUGCUGCAUUUGUUACAAGUAUGACGAUAACAAGGACCCGAGCCUCUGGUUGGUUUGCAACUCAGAUUCUCCUUUUUGUGGUGCGUCUUGUGGAUUAUCGUGCCAUCUCGAGUGUGCCUUGCGGCACAAGAAUUCCAAGAUUGGCAAGGAUAAGCAGGAUAAUGAGUCAUCACUUGAUGGGAGCUUCUGUUGUGUGUCUUGUGGGAAAGUGAAUGAUUUGCUUGGUUCUUGGAGGAAGCAAUUGGUUGUGGCCAAAGACACGAGGAGGGUCGACAUAUUGUGCUAUAGGCUUUCAUUAGCCCAAAAGAUUCUUGCUGGUACUAAACUCUACCAGAAUCUGUGUGGAGGCAUUGAUGAAGGAGUGAGAAAGCUCGAAAAUGAAGUGGGCCCUCUAACUGGCCUGCCUGUGAAGAUGGCCCGUGGUAUCGUGAACAGGCUCUCGUCGGGCCCUGAAAUUCAGAGACUAUGUGAUGCCUCUGUGAAGUCUCUCGACUCGAUGCUUUCUGAAAGAUCAUCUGAAAUUCCUUCUGAUUGCUCUGCAGUCGCCUCGAAACUCGUCAGAAUCGAAGUUAUAAACAACUCAUCAGUCCGAAUUAUCCUGAAUUCAGAUGAUUCCAACACGAGAAGAAGCGCAGCAGAUGGUUACAUGUUAUGGCUCCGAAAACUAGACGACACAAAUUACCCCACACAGCCCACUUGCAGAAUAUACGCACCCAACGCAAAGUAUUUCCUUCCCAAUCUAAUUCCUAACACAGACUAUUUUCUCAAAGUUGUCAUCCUCGAAAAGGAUCGAGAAUCCGGGUCAUUCGAGAUUCAGUUCAGAACAGGAGAUCUUCCAGAAAUCGAGGCUCAAAACCUAAACAACUCCAAUUGUUCGGAAGCUAACUGCAGCAGCCUCUCGAAUCCUUCCUCGGUCGAUGAGACGAACAACAAUAACGAUAAAACCAGUGAAGAACUAAAUCUUUUCCUUGAUAAGCCAAAAAACGAUGGUAAUUCGCCUGUGGCUGAUGGCUCGGAGAAAGUGAAAAAGGAAAAUUUAAAAAAAAGUGGACGUGAAAAAAGUGACAAGGAUUCAGACGAGCCUCAAGCUGGUAGCUCGUCUAAAAAAAGAGAGAAAAAUCGAGAUGGGGAGUGCAGCAAUAAGGAUUUGGAGUACUGUGUGCAAGUUAUUCGGCGUUUGGAGUGUGAGGGUUAUAUCGAGAGUGGUUUCAGGCAACAGUUUUUGACGUGGUACAGUUUAAGGGCGAGCUCACGGGAGGUUGGGGUGGUGAGAGUUUUUGUGGACACGUUUAUCGAGGAUCUCGAGUCGCUUGCAGGCCAGCUCGUGGAUGCGUUCUCGGAGGUUGUUUCGGGCAAGAGGUGCUCGACUGUGCCGGAGGGUUUUUGUCUGAAGCUGUGGCAUUGACUUUGACUUUUGUGUGGUCUGUCUGGUGAUGGGUUGCAUUGCAUGGCUUUGAUUUAUUCAUUGGAUUUUUAGGAAAUUGUUGAUUAUUAUUUGUUAGGGGUAGAGUUUAUUUCUUGAGUUUUAUGUCAUAUGAAUAUGAUAUUUUUUUUUUAAAAUGGAUUUCUUGAGUUUUAUCUACACAUAUUGCUGGUACAAAUGAACUUGAACUAGUCUUGAAGUGAAAAUAGAACAGGUUUUUAUGUCAUGCUUUUUGCUCAUGAACUGUACAAGUCUAAGUUCAC